GUUGCUCCCUUGCAGUUGCGACUUACGCUAAAUCCUCCGAGACAGUCACAAUCUACCUAACUUCAAAGGCCAUUCAAAGUGAUUAGGACGUGACAACGUUUCAUACAGUCGAGUCCCAGACACUAUACACAAUGCCUAUCGCUACCUCCUUCGCGCUCAAGAAUACUUCCAUUCGUAUUCCCGCCCGCGGCCUAGGAACCUUCCAAGUUGAUCCCAGCCUGUACCCAGAAGGAUCCGUCAAAGAUUCUGUUCUCCAUGCGUUGAAGAUUGGAUACAGACACAUUGACGCGGCGCUGGCGUAUGGUUGGGGUUCGGUAGAAAGAGGCAUAGGCGCUGCGAUCCGUGCGAGCGGUGUUCCGAGGGAGGAUGUGUUUGUGGUGACGAAGCUUCAUAAUUGCUUCCAUGCGCCCGAAGAUGUCGAGGUUGGGAUGAAUAUGAGCCUGAAGAAUUUGGGGCUCGGCUAUGUCGAUCUAUAUCUGAUGCACUUUCCAUAUGCGUAUACCAAAGGGGAAAAUUACUCCACUGUGAGAAAGCCGGACGGAAAACCUGUUGUUGACAUCGAGCUCUCGAGAGCGUUUGACACCACCUGGAAAGCCAUGGAGAAUUUAGUAGACCAAGGGAAAGCAAAACUAAUAGGGGUAUCGAAUUUCUCAACCCCUAAGUUAAAGCGUCUCUUGAGCGUCUGCCGUAUCUUCCCAGUUGUGAACCAGGUUGAACUCAACCCGUAUUUCCCGCAGAAGCAACUCCUGCGAUUUUGUCACGAGCACGAAAUCCAUGUUACUGCAUAUGGACCUCUGGGCUGCACACCAGUCCCAUACUUAAUUGGAAGAAAAACCCCUGGUCCACUUGAAGACUGCACUGUUAAGGCAAUGGCGGAAAGGUAUUCUCGGACUCCAGCGCAAAUUAUACUGGCUCAUUUGAUCAUGUUGGGUGUAUCUGUGAUACCGAAAAGUAAUAAUUUGUCAAGAAUCUCAGAAAACUUUGACUGCUUGGUGGAGCUGAGUCCCGAAGACCAUGCGGCGCUUGGUCAGCUCAUGGGUUCAAACGGAGAGAAAGCCGUACGGAAUCUGGAGACAAAAGAGUAUCUCGGCUUCGAUAACUUCAAUGAGGACUUCGAAGAGCCCUGA